AUGCCAACUACAACCUCAAAUAUAGAGGACUCUAUGUCCAUGUUUUUUGAUGAUGAGUUCAAUCCAACUACAUAUGUUGACAAAUUAAUUUCAACAGUUACUCAACAAAAAACAUCCACAACUCCAAUGUCAGCAUAUUCCAAAAAAUCAUUAACGAAUCUAUCUCACACAAUUAACCAAUUAAUUACUCAUUUUGAUUAUUAUGUCAAUGAUAUCGCAAAUAAUGAAUUAAAACUGAAAUUAGUACAGCUAGAAAACUCGAGCACCUAUAUAAAUUCAAAUCAAGAAGGUACAACAAGAUUACAAUAUUAUACAAGUUUAUUAAAUAAUUCAAUAUUGUCAUUACAGCAAGAACUUAAUAUGAUCAAUCAAAAACUAAAAGUAAAUGAUGAUAAUGAAGCAGUUCAAACAUUAAUUAAAAUGAAAUUGGUUAAAACAAAUUUAUUAAAAGUUAUAAAAGUAUUAGAAACAAUAACGUUAAAUAAUAAUAACGAUAAAAAACUAUAUACAAUUGAAGAAUUUGAAUCAAUACUUAAUCAGACUUUUGAACAAAUUAAAAGAAAUAAAAUGGACCCUUCUGUACAAAAUUAUAUAAAACAAAUGAAUGAAAUUUCAAAUUUAUUUCAAAAUUUAAAUCAUUUUAAUCCAAUUUUUAAAAAAUUUAUAAAUAAAUUAAAUGGUGAAUGUUAA